GAGAUAAUGCGCACUCUCAUAGUAGUUUGUUUUGCUGGGAAUUCUCGUGAUAAUUUCCUGUUAUCAUCUGGAGUUGUAAACAAGUAUACAAAAGCAGAAAGAAAUUUAACAGAUAACAACUUUUCUUUGUGUACUAAUCUUCUUUAAAAAUAUUCGUAUUUAGUUGGACAUCAGUGUUGUUUUGUGCUUAGCAUCGAUAAAUACAUAUUGUUUUAAAAAUGACCGGGCACUUGUGGAUGCUGCUACUUUUUAUUGGUGUUAAUUGUCGACUACACCCGUUAUCCGAUGUAUUCAUCGAAUCUAUCAACAAACAAGGCACGACGUGGAAGGCAGGUAGAAAUUUCGCCAAAGAUGUGUCCAUGAAAUACAUCAAAGGCCUGAUGGGAGUACUACCCAACCACAAGAACUACAUGCCUCCGGUUCUCGUUCACGAUGUGGAAUCCGUUCAGGUUCCGGUGAACUUCGAUUCGAGAACUCAAUGGCCCGAUUGUCCCACAAUUCGCGAGAUCAGAGAUCAGGGGUCGUGCGGGUCUUGUUGGGCUUUUGGAGCAGUAGAAGUGAUGUCCGACAGAAUUUGCAUCCACUCAAACGGAAAAGUCAACUUUCAUGUGUCAGCUGACGAUCUAGUGUCUUGCUGCUACACGUGCGGAAUGGGUUGCGACGGGGGAUUUCCCGGAGCCGCCUUUGCGUAUUGGGUCAGGAAAGGCUUGGUUUCUGGAGGACCCUAUGGAUCAGAACAGGGCUGCAGGCCUUACGAAAUUGCGCCGUGCGAGCACCACGUAAACGGUACCAGACCUUCAUGUAACGGGGACGAUCAUAAAACACCUAAAUGUAUCAAGCAAUGCGAAAAAAGCUACAGCAUUCCGUACGAAACAGACAAGCAUUACGGACAGAAAUCGUACUCGAUUUCCAGCAGAGUGGAACAAAUUCAAACUGAAAUCCUAACCAACGGACCUGUUGAAGGUGCUUUUACAGUUUACGAAGAUCUUUUGCAAUACAAAAGCGGUGUUUAUCAACAUGUAACUGGUCAAGAAUUGGGAGGACACGCUAUAAGAAUCUUGGGAUGGGGUGUUGAAAACAACAUACCCUAUUGGCUCAUUGCUAAUUCUUGGAAUUCUGACUGGGGUGACAAUGGUACCUUCAAAAUACUGAGAGGUGAAGACCAUUGUGGAAUUGAAGACUCCAUUGUUGCAGGAUUGCCAAAAGUUUAAACAAUCACUUUGUAUUUUAUAGAAUCUCGAUUAUAUUUUGUAUUUUUUUCGCUAUUAAUUUUCAAAAUAAAGGUAAUAAAGAAACA